AAUAUUAUCCCAUCAGAGAGACUUCAGCUUCUCUCCUUUCUCCACUACUUAUAGCCGCUUAGCACCGUCUAGUACCGUCGUAAUGUUAACCCGUCGCAUCCGGGCCAGGGUCCGUGGAGUGACAUCACUAUAGCGGUUCGCGCAAUCGGUGUUAAUGGCAAAUUACAUGUAGGUACCGUAUACCAUGCGCGGGAUCCUCCCGAAUAGACGUUUCCUUUCACUUUCACGUGGGAUCCUCUAGUCCUCUCCUGGGAACAUUCUUCAGUCAAGUUGUGCAUUAGUUUGACUGAUAUGCCCAAAGUCGGCUUUUGUCUCCUCACAUAUACAAUAAGACAUGUCGCCGCGAACGAACCCCCCAGAUGCUACGGGCCUGGUCAUCGCCGCCCAGGACAACAACCAUGGACCUUCGGCUGAGGAUAGCAAAGAGAUAGGAGUAUUAGAGGGUACCGCUCGAGGCUCCGACAGCACCAUCGAAGAUGCACGUCGCGAGUACAACUACUCCAGUGAUGAAGAUGCUCGCUACGAGGAACCCCAUCGUAGCGCCGGAUUCUGGGAUCCUAGGAUGAAAAAGAUUCGUGGGGAGGUCGUCUAUCUAUGGGUUCGAAUGUUAAUAAUCCUUAUGCUCUUCGUCACUGGCGUGUUGUCCCUAUACUGGGCUGUCCUAUUCCACGUCAGCAAGAACCUCCCCGCGCUUAACGUCCACGUCGUCGACUUCGAUGGGCAAGUAGCACCAUACGGCGACGUAACACCGCUUGUAGGGCCGGCAGUAAAAGCAGCGCUUCAGAAAAUGACCAGCUCCCCGACGCAGAGUACUCUCGGCUUCGAAAUCAUAUCCCCGGAACAGUACGCUUUCGACCCUCUCGCAGUCCGCCAGGCAGUCUACGACUGGCACUGUUGGGCCGCCGUCAUCGUGAACCCGAACGCCACCGCGCUUCUUCAAUCUUCCGUCGCAACGGGAAACGCGUCGUACGACCCAACCGGCGCCGUACAAAUCAUCAUCCAGUCCGCGCGCCAGGAAACCACGUCCUCGAGCUACAUCGUGCCGCAGCUACAAGCCUUCGUGCGGCAAUUCAGCGCCGAGUUUGGACCCAUGUGGACCGCGAACGUUAUGUCCAACUCCUCACUCUCUCGAGAUGCGAUCGCGAACGCGUCCGCUGCAGUAAACCCCGGCGUCUCGCCCUUGCAAAUCGACUUACGACCCUUCGGCCCAGCGAGCGCGACACCGUCCGUGAGCAUCGGGUUGAUUUAUCUAAUCAUCGUGGCGUUCUUCUCUUUUGCGUUUUUCUUGCCGAUUCAUAUGAAAUUCAUUAUCCCGCAAGGCCACCCGCCAUUACGCUUCUGGCAGUUGAUCGCUUGGCGAUUGGCGGCGACUAUGACGACGUAUUUCUUCGUGUCGUUGAUAUAUUCGUUCGUAUCCUUGGCUUUCCAGAUUCCGUUUUGGCCUGAGCCGGCUUCGCCUAUUGAACCUGCGUUCAAUGCUACUGCGUACGGUCGCGCGUCGUUUGUGGUGUAUUGGAUGGUCAAUUUUGUUGGUAUGAAUGCGUUGGGUAUUGCUUGUGAGAACGUCGCUAUGAUUGUGGGACAGCCGUGGACGGCGUUGUGGCUUAUUUUUUGGGUCAUCACGAAUGUAUCAACGGGCUUCUACUCCCUCGAUCUAGCGCCGGGGUUUUUCAAAUGGGGAUAUGCAUGGCCGCUUCACCAUAUCGUACAGGCGAGCCGACAGAUUCUGUUCGAUCUACACUCGGAGAUCGGGUUGAAUUUCGGUGUCUUGUUCGCCUGGGCCGCCAUCAACAUAUGUCUCUUCCCAUUCUGCUGCUACUUCAUGAGGUGGACGCAGGAACGCGAGAAGCGUGCUGCGGAACGAGGCGCUGAGUCGUACGCUGUGUACGAUGCUCAAGCUGAGGGCCAAAAGAAGAAUGUCCCCAAGGAAAAGGGAAUGUUACCGCCCGUUAGGAAGAGGGGGUUCAUGAGGGGUAUGUGAGAAAGGAAUGGGAAUGAUAGAUGAUUUUUGAAUAAUGUUUUUUGUUUAAUUUUUGGCGUGGAAGCAAGCCGGCGUUUGGUUAGAACCUUCAGUGGAACGCAUAGACAAUCAAGAUAGAAUACCUAGAAAUAACUUUAUACCAAUAGAUAGACACAUGACCAACCUUGCACAGAGGUGGCGAGGAGUCAUUGUUAACAUUCCCAACUCAGCUCACCAUAUUCGGUUUUAAAAACGAAGCAUUGACCUGAUAAGUAUAGGGAUAUGUUCAGAUGAUAUAAGGGCGGACUCUGCAUACUUGAAUAAUCCCCAACGGUAUUCCGUAGCGCAACUUUAAGGCGCGCGGAUGACUCCCUCGCGGAAUUAAUGCAUUC